UGUAGACAUGCACGGGUUUGUAUUCUCAUGCAAACACAUUUCCUACUUGUAGAUCCUCCUGAUUUGAUAUUCGACUGCAGAACAAGUCAAGUCUGUAGGGUUCGCUCUUUCCUCCCGUCUCGUGCAGUUUCCAUUCCUUGUUUAGCCGUACUUGAGCAGUAUAGGCAGCUGUCGAAUCAGAGCUACAAUGCCUGCCACCAAACUCUCCGAUUCGCAUAGGUACUUUUUGCAGACGUUCACAUCUCGGAGUAUUCUGAAUGAAGCUGACACAGUACAGCUCUUUGUGGACAGCUCACGGCAGUUCAACGAUAGAGAUCCCAGUGUUGCCCAGUUCCCGUCCUUCUUGAAGGACAUCAACAGCAGACUUCAACCCCUAUCGCUGGAAAUUCGCCGAGGCACGGAUGAGGAGCACGGGAAGAUCUUCUUCGCCCUUGUCAACCUGCACCAAGAUGAGGCGGCAAAGUUGGCCACCGACUUUGAUGCCAAAGAGAUUGGUUACUUCAAGAAAGUGAUGGAUCUGAUCAUUGCAGCGGACGAUGGCGUAUGCUCUUCCGUGGAGCUUGUCAAUGCCGGUGCUGAGCUGCAGCCACACGUAGGGGUCUCUGAGGCCACGUCUCUACUGGAGCGUCUUGCCCAGGAUGAGUGGCUAUCGAAUAACAAGGACGAAGGCUACUUAUUUCUGGGUGCACGUACAAUGAUUGAGCUGCUGCCUCACUUGCGUGAUGUAUAUGGGGACGCCGUCGUCGACUGUCAUUUGUGCUCCAAUAUAGUGGUCAAGGGACAGCGUUGCACUAGCUGUGAGACCAAGCUGCACGUACAUUGUGCUGCGCGAUUCAUGAGUGGCCGCGAGCCGCAGUGUCCAUCCUGUCAGACGCCGUGGGCACACAUCAUCCCCGACAUUCCACAUGAUGCACACCAUCCUGCAGUGCAAAAUGGAGGUCACAACGGAGUUGCCACACCAGUACCAGGACCGACUUCUCAUGGCAGGCGGAGUGCAGCAGCAUCAGCAGCGACGUCAAAUAGUGGUGCAUCGUCGCAGUCGCCGGCGCUAUUUGCGACCUCAUCUUCUCAGUCUUCUGGCCGGCCAGCAAGGACACGGCGUAGGUGAUAUUAGAACUUUGAGAAGGAGCUUGCCAGGGUCACUUGCCUGGUAACAUGUGUAUUUGUGCAAAGUUCUGAACAUCAGAAAGCCACUCUGCACUCCCUUUCUCCUGGCAGUCUGGAGAAAUUGAAUCAUAUCCGCCGUGUGGCAUCGGACGCUGGCUGUUCCAUGAUGAUGGCCGCACAUUGGCAUCAUGCUUUCAGUGUCAAACAGACAAACACCAAGGCAAGGCAUCACACUGGUGGCCACGCAGGUAUCCAAUAUCCAGAGUGAAGUUAGUCGGCUAUGUCACAGUGCCGGGCACCAGGAGUGCUUCCGUCUGUACAUCAGCCAUAGCACAGAGCACAGUGCGGGUGCCUUUUCAAGCGUACAUCCAGCCUUGUGUUCUACCCUCUCUUUUUUUAACGUGUUACGUCACCCCUGAACUAACCUGUCGGUGUGAUGUCAGUCUCAGCUCUAUAUUCCUACCCAUGUGUGUGUGUGUGCGUGCGUGCGUGCGGCAUGUACCAAGCAGACCCACUGCCAACACUAGUGUUUUUUGCAUGGAGUGAAUCUACUGCAGUAUAUUAUAACAGAGGGGCAUGGAUGGACAAUAUCUUCAUUUUGAACAGUUUGCAUCACAGGUUUCCCACCAAUAUCAAAUGUAUGCUGUGCAGGAAAAUGCUUUAACACAUCUGAGUUCAAAUUUAACACAUACGUUCUUUUUAAAAAGCUCUUUUCCUUAUUUAGUUUGUAUCUCUGUAGGUAGACUGGAGGCAUGUUAGCCAUGUGACUGUUCCGCCUUGUUUUAUCAAUUUUCCUCCUUGUUAGCCCGUAGCACUGCAACGUUACUUGGACCGAUCAUCCGACUCUUUAUCCUUUUUAGAAGCCAAUGGCGUGUCAUGAUAUGCUUCUUGUCGCAAGAAAAUGCAGCGGCGUAUCUCCACCUUA